AUGGCCACUCUUCAUGUUCUGUCCUUCGACACUGAGGGCCGCCCUGUAGAGUUCGACGCCUGGCUCGAUGACUUGCAACUCUACCUGAUUAGCACCAGCAAAGACGAGAUCUCCCUCGUUGAUCACACCUCCGGUGCUCUAGCUGUUCCUGCUGACACAGCUGCCCGCCUUGCUAUUCGCAACCACCUACCGCUGGCGGAACUUAAGCACUUUGGCGAGCACAAAACCGCUAACGCCCUGUACGACGCUGUAGUUGCUCACUACUCCUCCCCUGCCACUGCUGCGCUCAGCCGCCUCAUGCUGCCGUACCUGUUCCCCGAGCUGUCGAGCUUUGCCACCGUAGCCGACAUCAUCACUGACCUUCGCUCUAGUGACGCUCGUGUCCGUGCCGCACUCCGCAAUGAGUUUGUUGCCCAGCACCCCCCUCCGAUGUACUGGACGCUCCACUUUAUAGUGACCCGCCUCCCUGACACCCUUCUCUCAGUCAGGGAUCACUUCCUAGUGCGCUGUCCCUCCGACCUCACCAUAGACUUCCUAGAGGAGCACCUCUUAGCCGUUGAGAGCAGCAUUGUUAGUGUGGCUGCUUCUCGUGGUGCUCCUCGCACCCCCAUCGUUGAGAGGUGCGCUUCUUCCCCUCUUGCCCCCUCCUACGCCACAGCUGCCGCUGUAGACUUCCUCGGAGCCGACUCGGUUGGUGCUGCCUCCACUUCUGCUGGGCGGCACCGCACCGGCAAGGGCAAUGGGGGCAAGGGCGGUGGUGGCAGUGGCGGCGGAGGAGGAGGUGGAGGUGGUGGAGGUGGCGGUGGAAGUGGAGGCAGUGGCGGCGGGAGUGCUGGUGGGAGUGGUAGCGGCAGUGGAGGAGGUGGUGGUGGUGGCGGCGGUGGGAGUGGCGGUGGUGGCGGUAGCGGCGGUGGUGGCGGUAGCGGCGGUGGUGGAGGCAGUGGAGGCGGUGGCGGUCGUGGUGGAGGCGCUGGUCAGAGACAGCAGCAGCAGCGGUCCCUUACGCCUCAGCAGCUUCGUGAGUGGUUGGCUCAGAGGGGUACGUCUGGGGGUUCUCGCUGUACGUAUGUCAUUCGCACCGGUGAGCGUGCUGGUCAGACAUGCGGCAAGCCCCACCCCCAGCAGCGUUGCUUCUCCCGCCUUGACGUCGCCUGGCGUGAGGAGAUGGGGGCAGAGGUUGGGACCCCUCGCUGGUUUGAUCUGCUUAAGAAGGGUGUAGACAUCUUUGCUCUUGACUAUGAUGCUAUUCUUGCUGCCAUGUAUGCAUUGUCUGUUAGUGCUGAGGGUGACUGCUACCUGUGUUUGCCGCCUGAUCCAGGUAUAGAGUCAGCGGCUCUUGGUGCUUGCGAGUCUGCGCUCUCAGGUACCGCGUCCACUGCCUUAGGUGCGGGUGAGUCUGCGCUGUCAGGUACUGCGCCUUCUACUGCCUUGCACACCUUCACUCUUAACUCAGGUGCUUCCAGGUGUUUCUUCCGCAACAGCACAGCCCUCACACCGCUCCCUGCACCAGUUGCAGUCUGCCUGGCUGACCCCUCGGGGGGUCCAUUCCUUGCACGGUCUACCACUGUGAUUCCUUGCCCAGCGGUCCCGUCUGGUUCACUGUCAGGUCUCCACCUCCCCUCGUUCUCUACGAACUUGGUGAGCAACGCUGUCCUUCAGGACCACUGGGUUGAUACCUUCACCCCUGGAGGACAGCGUGUGGCGAUCUGUACGUGCUCCAUGACUGGGCGACACCUGGCCACGUUCACGCGUGCUCCAGGGUCGAGCCCUUACACACUGAAUACUGUGUCUCCCCAGGUCGCUGCUGUCGGUCAAGCGUCUGCGUCAGGUCAGGUAGACUCCCCUUGCUCGUGUCGCUCCCUGUCGCACCAGACUGUUCUCUGGCACCACCGUCUGGGCCACCCCUCCUUGCCCCGUCCUCGUGACAUGCACCGUCUCGUCCUUGUGUCUGUUCUUCCGUGGACCCUACCUCGCCUCCCUGCUUCGCCUGCCCCGGCCUGCCUUCCUUGCGUCGAGGGGCGGCAGCUCGCCGCUCCUCACUCCUCUUCGUUUCCUCCGACAGAGGCUCCGCUGCAGACUCUCUACAUGGACGUGUGGGGCCCCGCCCGCGUCAGCGGACGGGGUGGAGCGCUACGCAGGAGGUUUCAGACCGACCUCCCUGUUCUGUGUCUGCACUCUGACAGGGGCGGAGAGUUCGCCUCCGACCUCUUACGCGACUUCUGUCAGGAGGAGGGCAUCACCCAGUCUUACACGCUUCCAGGCUCACCGCAACAAAAUGGGGUUGCUGAGCGCCGCAUUGGCCUGGUCAUGGAGAUCGCUCGUACCUCCUUGAUCCAUGCGGCAGCUCCCCAUUUUCUGUGGCCGUUUGCGGUCCGGUACGCCGCACAGCAGCUCAACCUCUGGCCCCGUGUCUCCGUUCCGAAGACCUCGCCCACACUGAGGUGGACGGGGGAGGUUGGUGAUGCGUCGGUGUUCCGGGUCUGGGGUGCCCGUGCUCUUGUUUGCGAUACGUCCGCGGACAAGCUCUCCUCCCGCACCCUUCCCUGUGUCUUCCUUGGCUUUCCGACUGACGCGCCUCGCUGGCAAUUUUACCACCCCGCCUCGCGCAGGGUCCUGUCUUCUCAGGACGUUACCUUUGACGAGUCAGUCCCUUUCAACCGCCUCUUUCCCUACCGCACUACCCCUCUCCCUCCCCCGCGGCUCUUCCUCACUCCAGGUCCCCCUCCGGUAGACCCCCUUCCCCCCCAGGGUCCUGCUCCUUCAGGUGUGUCUCAGGUAGACCCGCCUCCCUUAGCUGAGCCUGUCGAGGUCACUAGUGACUCAGGUAUUGCUGAGGGUGGUACUGCUCGAGGUGCUGCGUCUGGGGGUGCUGAGCCGCUGCGUGAGGUGCUGGAGGGUGUGGAGCGUGGGGGUGCUGUGCCGGUGCGUGAGGUACUGGAGGGUGCGGAGCCUGGGGGUGCUGUGCCGGUCCGUGAGGUGCUGGAGGGUGCGGAGCCUAGGGGUGCUGUGCUGGUGAGUGAGGUCCUGGAGGGAGCUGGACCAAUUUCUCGCCGGCCCCUUACGCCAGCGGAGCUGCGGGAGUGUGUUGGAGGAGGUCCUACUGUAGACGCUGGAGCUGGAGGUUCUCGACCUUGGGGUGCGGUUGCUGGAGGUCCUGUAGCUGGAGACCCUGGCGCUGCUGGUUCUGGUUCUGAGGGUGCUGCUGGUGCUAGAGCUGCUGGAGCUGCCGGUGGAGCUGGUGGAGCUGCUAUUGGUGCUGCUGGUGCUGGAGCUGCUGGAGGUGCUACUGGAGCUGCUGGUGGAGCUGGUGGAGCUGCAGGUGGUGCUGCUGUUGGUGCUGCUGGUGCUGGAGCUGCUGGGGGUGCUGCUAGAGCUGCCGAUGGAGCUGGUGGUGCUGCAGUUGGUGCUGCUGGUGCUGGAGCUGCUGGAGGUACUACAGGAGGUGCUCCUGCUGGUUCUGGAGGUGCUGAGCGGCUACGACCGUACUUCUUUCCACUCCUUCAGCAGGUUCUUGGUAUCCCGCCCUCUCUUAGUCCACCCCCUUCCUUAGAGUGUCCACCACCUGUCCUGUCGCCGUCUCAGCUACAGCCUACCUCCCCCGUGCCUGCUCCGUCUCCUUACGCUGGUCCGACAGGAGGUCUUGUCGAGCGUCGUGAGCCUGCGUCUCGUCCGACAGGAGGUCUUGUCCGUGCUGCUCGCACUGGUGGUCGUAGCUCGCGUCAGCAUUCUCCUCCUGUCCCCGGCACGCACCGGAUGACUCUGCGUCCUUCCACUGCUCCUCAGCGUGCCCCUCUGCCGUCUCCUCCUGAGUCCUCUCUUCCUGUCCUUGCUGACCCGGAGUCGGACUCCCUUCGUGCUGCCAGUCCCACUGCCAUGCGUCUCUUGGCUACUCUUGUCACUGACCCUUCCUUUGAGUCUGCUGUUGCGUCUGCGCUGGUUGCCAAGCUUGUCGACUUUGCUGCUCGCUGUCGUCUAGACUACGAUGCUAGUCUUGUUGCUGAGUCUGAGUCUGUCUGUCCUCUGUGCGUCGGGGGUGAGUGUGCCCUUGGCACGGACGUCCUUGAGGACAGGCAGGAGGAGUUCCAGUGUCUGGCUUCUGCUUCACCUCAUCUUGUGUCCAUGCUACUUGCCCCUGAGGGAGACCCGGAUGCACUAGACAUUCCGACUCCGCGCUCUUACGCAGAGGCGGUUGAGGGUCCCUACUCCUCUCAGUGGCAGGCAGCCAUGGACGCAGAGAUGGCUUCCUGGAAGUCCACAGGCACCUACGUCGACGAGGUUCCCCCACCUGGGGCGAACAUUGUUGAUGGCAUGUGGAUCUUCAGGCGUGACUACGAGCUUCAUUCUCUUGAAUUUAGCACAGUCUUUCUACAGGGCAGCCUGCACGAGGAGAUCUGGCUGCGCCGCCCACCUGGCUUCACUGGGUCGUUUCCUCCUGGUACCCAGUGGAGCCUCCGGCGGACAGUCUAUGGUCUCCGCCAGGCACCUUGUGAGUGGCACAACACACUGAGGAAUACACUUGCGGCUCUUGGGUUUGCUCCUUCUACUGCUGACCCGUCGUUGUUUCUACGCACCGACACUUCACUGCCGCCGCUCUACAUCCUCGUGUACGUCGUCGACUUGGUCUUUGCUACUGCUGACACUGAGGCACUGACUCUAGUGAAGUCGGAGCUGCAGAAGAGACGCACGUGCACAGACCUGGGUGAACUGCGCAGCUAUCUUGGCUUGCAUAUCACUCGGGACAGAGCACGCCGCACCAUCACCCUGACCCAAUCACACAUGGUGCAGCAGGUCCUUCAGCGCUUUGACUUCCAGUUCUCCUCGCCACAGUCCACUCCUCUGCCUACUAGUCACUCGCUCUCAGCUCUGCCUUCAGAUGAGUCCGUAGAGCCGAGUGGCCCGUAUCCAGAGCUUGUGGGCUGCCGCAUGUACCUGAUGACCUGCACUCGCCCUGACCUCGCUUACCCUCUCAGCCUCCUGGCACGCUACGUUGUGCCCGGGAGACACCUUCCAGAGCAUUGGAAGGCAGCUAAGAGGGUGAUGCGUUACUUGUGUAGUACGUCAGGCAUGGGGCUCGUGCUUAGAGGAUGGGGUCCAGUUGUCCUCACUGUUCACGCAGGCGCUUCUUGGAUUGACGACCUGGCUACGCAGCGGUCGUCUCAGGGCUACACCUUUAGCCUUGGCUCAUGUUCUGUCUCUUGGCAGUCUACCCGCUCUUCUUCUGUUCUCAGCUCCAGCUGUGAGGCUGAGAUCUACGCAGGGCCCAUGGCUGCACAGGAGCUGCGUUGGCACACCUACCUGCUGACCGACUUGGGCAAGGUGCCUCGUUCACCUCCAGUUCUGUACGUCGAUAACAAGGCAAUGCUUGCCUUGUGUUGCGAACAGAGGUUGGAGCACAAAACGAAGCACAUUGCUCUUCGCUACUUCCUUGCUCGGGAUCUGCAGCAGCGUGGUGAGCGUCGUCUUGCCUACGUGGCCUCUCAGGCCAACAUUGCUGAUGUGUUCACCAAGGCACUUUCGCCUCGUGACCAUCAGCACUUUUGUACUGCACUUGGCCUUGUUCCUGUGUCUUCUCACUUUCGCACUUCUUGA